UGCAGCACAGUAAAUUUUAGUAACUGCUUUUUCCUACUCUGAUCUAACACAUUACGAUUAUAAAUAGAUCCAACUUCAGAUUGAUAUACAACGAUUUCCGGUUAACGGAAAUGGGUAUUGCGAAAGAAAUCAAGAUGGCCAACAGGAGUAGUUGCCUUAAUUUUGUUCUAGCUCUUCUGUUUUCUAUGGCAGUACUCUUCAUGUCUUCACAUACUGCUAAUGCUAUUCAAUGCAAGUCCGGUGAGAUAUUUGCAUCUCAAGUCGCUGUGGUUUGCCCCCCUUGUAUAAACUCAUGUGAAGUCGCAUGUCCCCAUGGCAGUACAGUCACUAGCACCAACUGUGAAUAUCGGCUUUUUAAGUUGCCUUUAUGCGAGUGUUGUUGUAAGAUGCCGCCACCACCACCACCAUCGCCGCCCCCACCAUCUCCGCCUCCGCCCCCGCCAUCUCCACCACCACCAUCGCCGCCCCCACCAUCUCCACCACCGCCAUCACCAUCGCCGCCCCCACCAUCGCCCCCGCCGCCAUCCCCGUCUCCACCUCCACCAUCGGUGCCACCACCUCCCAGCUGCACAGAAGAGUGUCCAUAUGAGAUGGAAUUCACAGCCUCACCUGACCAGGAGCAACCGUGCAGAUACGUGCUGGCAGAUGCUAAUCAGAUUAUGAUGGAGUAGGCACCAAAAGAGUUAACGUAAUACUAGUAAUAUUUAAGGAAGCUUGUUCAGCAGAUUUUGUUGUAUAGGCACUGUGUUUUGAUGUCAAUGUGAAAUAAGAAUUGAGAGUGUCGUGCCAGUCCACAUUCCAAUAUAAAGUGCUUUGACCAGUCAAAAUCCUUUCUUAUUAUAUAUAUAUAACCCUCUAGUUAAGACUUUUUAAAAUCCGAGCAAGGGCUAAAAUGGUACUUGCAAAAGGAGAUUUCAGAUAUUUCAAAUAGAAAACCGAAGAAAUUCCUUCAAGAAAAUUGUGUUACAAAGAAGUGCCUCUCCCUCUCAUAUGUAUGGAUUAGAGUUAUCAAUGUUGAAUGUUUAAACCGACUAAAGAUACAGAGAGAUUAGAGAUAAGAGACAUAGUCACAGAAACAUUAUGUCAACCUAUUAACCAAAGCAAUUGACGCCCAAAUUUAGAAUCACAGAGCUACAAUUGAUCAAACCAGCAUUGUGUAAUUUCUAAGCUCACAAGGUUUUGCAAAUAUGAGCACCACGCAAGGAGGAAAACGGUGAAUAAAUGAAGUCAUUUAUUUGCAUUCUAAAUGUAUAGAUUUAAUGUAAGAGAUGAUUAUAUGGUUAGGUUUUCUUUUGUUUGAUGUUAUUAUUAUGAUUUGGAUGUUGUAAAUGAAAUAAUGUAUGUGCACCAACUGUUUGAUAAAAUGCGUCAUUGGUCCGUGUGUGUGACCAAGUGAACUAUUUCUGAAACUGUGUUCCAAAAUUACAAUGUUAUCAGCUAUCUAGUUGGUUUCAUAACAAAAAAAAAAUUGAACAUAUUCUUUAACCUUUAGGUGACAAGGCAUAUUUGAACUAUAAUGGUCAUCAAUUACAAAUACUUUCUGUUUUUUGUUUAUGAUUUGCAUGGUAUAGUAAAUAUAUUCUAACUCAAGGAGAUUUUCCACCAUCUCGUGUCAAUUCUACUUCCCACCUAAAGAUAAUACAACAAAUUGAAAGAGGCUUCAAUUAUGGAGGUGAAUAUUUGGAAAUUUUCAAGAAGACGUCAGUUGGGCAUUUACUUGAUAUGAACGGUUCCAAAUUUAGUGGUGCAACUGUCAACUCUAUGCUGCGAAGAAUGCUUGAGCCUCUUGAAGGUGACGAUCCAGAUUCUAUGUACUUUCGCAUUGGAGGUAAAGUCAUCAAGUAUGGAAAGCGGGAGUCUAAGCUCAUGACGGGUUUGAGUUUCAAGGGAAGUGAUGUCAUUCCUCCUCAUGGCUGCGUUAACUAUGCUGGAUCAGAUCUGGUUGGUAAAUAUUUUCCUGGAAAGAGAAGUAUCAACUUAGAAGAAUUGUCUAGAAAGUUUGAUUCUAUCGAGCAGUCAAUGGAUAAAGUGAAACUCGGGCUGGUUCUACUAGUACAGGGUGUCUUAAUUGGCGCCGACUAUCCACAUGAAGUUAAUCUUGCAUACUUCAGCAUGGUGGAAAACAUUGAGAAGUUCAAUACGUUCCCAUGGGGAAAGCUGUGUCACCGGAGGAUGCUGAAAUGUUUUAGAACUGCUGUCAGCGGGAAAAAUGAAAGCAAGGCAGCUAUAAUUACUCAUAAAUUGUAUGGAUUCCAUACACAUUUCAGGUCUGGGCCUUUGAAAGCAUUCCACUGCUACAAAAGACUUUUGCUAAGAGAUCAGAAUUCAAACAUUUUCCACGCGUGCUGCAUUUUUCUUUGAACAGCAUGGUUCCAGAGUCUUUUGCAGUGGAAAAUAUGUUGACAUCUAAGUAGAUUGAAGUCCUGACUUGCAUAGAACCUACAGAGGGAGAGAUGGCGUUAAAGCACAUGUGCUCUGUCCUCCUGAUGUCUGCUGACUUGUCAGAAUCAGAAGAUGGUGAUGAGGACAAAGCUGAGGAGAUGGAGAUAUCGACAGAAAUGCAAUUUGCAAGACUGGGAGGCAGCUAAGGAUAAAGAAGAUGGAACACAAACACAAGCACCUUAAUCCUGUCCCAACCAGGAUUCCCAGCUUUUGAGAGAGGUAUUUACACAGGUUAAGGAACUCACGUCAAAGGUUUCCAGAAUGGACGAAGAGAUGUCAAAACUUAAAGAUAGUGACAACCGCAAUUACCAGGCUUCUAUGGACAUGCAGGAGGUUGUAGAUGAAGAUGAGAGGCUGAAAGGCCUUACAAAUGACUUGGGUGAGGAGGUCUACAAGGCCGUCAUGACUGUUCUUUCGGAGAUGAAUGACUACAGUCUGAGUAGAAGGUAUACUUUUCCUGAAUGGAGGAACUUUAGAAAUGGUGGAAUGGAGAUACUGAUGGAAGUUGCUUCAUGUACACUGGAACAAUGGAGGGCCCUUAAGAAAAGAUUGGAAAAUGAUAAAGAAAUCAAGAGUCUGGAAAUUAAAAUGAAAGAAAUGAAGUACGAGAAUAAGAACUUGAUGUAUCAGAAUGACGAGCUACGUAAACAUUAUAAUGAAGAAAUAAACAAGAUGCAACUGGACCAUAAAAAUCAUUUGGAAAUGAUCAUCAGAGAGCAUGAAGAUCUUAAAUCGGAAGUGGAAUCGCUACGGAAGGAGAGAUUAGAAGAGGAUCUUCGAAAGGGAAGAAUUGACCUUGAAAAUGACAUGGCCAGAGAUAAAAUGGAAUCAGAACUCGAGGCAUCCAACUGUAAGAUAAAAGAGAUGAGUGAGAAAUUGAAAAAGAUGGAAAGAGAACAUGAUGAUCUUGAAUAUCUGAACCAAAUUCUUAUUGCCAAGGAGCGUAGAAGCAAUGAUGAGCUGCAGGAAGCUCGUAAAGAACUGACCAAGGAACUAAGUGAAAUGUCUAGUCGUGCUUUUAUCGGGGUUAAGAGAAUGGGAGAGCUUGAACUUAAGCCAUUUUAUGAUAUGUGCAAAAGGAAAUAUUGCAGUGAUGAAGCAAAUGUGAAAGCCGUAGAGAUCUGCACCUCUUGGGAAGCAUGUCUUAGAGACCCACAUUGGCAUCCUUUUAAAAUCAUUGAAGUUGGGAAUAACCUUCAGGAGAUAAUAAAUGAAGAUGAUGAGAAGCUGAGAGGCCUUAGAAACGAGUUUGGUGAAGAAGUGUACAAGGCUGUCACAACCGCCAUCAUGGAGAUGAACGAGUACAAUGCAAGUGGGAGGUUUGUUGUUUCAAAACUUUGGAACUUCAGGGAGGGGAGAAAGGCGUCGUUGAAUGAAGCAGUUUCCCAUCUACUGAAACAGGUGAAGACUCUUAAGCGGAAGAGGACCUGAUGUUUGUAUGAAUUAUAAACUUCCAAUGUCAGAUGUAGUUUUAGUGAAACUUAAAAGUUGGUGCAAGGGGUCUAUGUAAAUGAUUGUAUAUAUCUGUCUUGCGGAGCUUGCGGGUAUCAAGGCUAUAAUGAUUGUUAGUCUCUGCACCACAUUGCUCUCCCCUUUUGUAUCUGUUGCAGGAGGUCUGUGUGUUGUUUUAGCAACGGUCAGCAGUUGCGGUAUACCAACCUUUUGUUAUGAUUAUCGCCGGUACUAUUUCGAAAUAUAUCACCCAGUUGUAAACUUUUGUUUUA